AUGACUGAACAAGUAUCCAAACAUAAUAGCAUUUAUUCAUCAUAUUCAUCAGUUCAUGGAAUGAUUCGAAAAUUUAAUAUGUUUGGAAAAGAAAACGAUUCUCCAUCUGAACCAAUCACUUUAAAACAUAAUACACAAUCAUUAUCAUCAUUAAAUUCAACAAAUAGAUCAAUGAUGAGUAAAUAUGGUUUAAAUCCAAAUGAAAUUGAACAAGAAAAGAAAUCAUCAAAUGAAACAUUAAUUUCACCAACAAUAUCAACAGCAACAAUUCAUUUUCAAUCUAGUCAACAACAUAAAAGAAUUUCAAAUUUCUCAACUUCUUCUAUAAAUACAAGAAAUACAGAAUCAACAUCCAUUUCUAUUUAUACUUCACCAACUAUUAUCUAUAAAGAACUUCAAAGUUCAAUAAAUAAUAAUCAAUCAAAACCAAAACAUCAUAGUUUAGAUGAUAUCGACAUAAAAAUCAUCGAAACCAUAGAUACACAAAAACAAAUAAGCAAUAAUCAGAAUAGUAUUCAAUAUGCAGCAUCAGCAAUUAUUGAAGAUUAUGAAGUAAAUGAUAUCCAACGACAGUCAAUAUGUAUGUCUUCUCCUCCUGAAUUACCACCACCACCAGUUUUUGCAUUACCAUAUCUUCAACAAGAAUCAACUUAUCAACCAAAACGAACAUUUCAAUCAUCAACUUUUUUAUUAGAAAUAGGUAUAUUAAUCACUAUUUUUAUACUAUGUAUGGUCAUUGUCUUAGCUAUACGAGAAGAUCAAGUAAAUCUUCGAAUAACAAUGCAGGUUGUUUACACAUAUAUUUAUCUUGUUUCAAUUAUUUGGAUGAUAUGGUGUACGUUUGAUAUAAUAAAAUUUCGUCAACAAUGGAUGAAAUUAACAUCAUCAGUUCAUGAUCAAGAAGAAUAUAUGCAUAUUGUUGAACAUUAUCCAGAUAGAAUAUCAUAUUUUCCUGAUACGUAUAAUACUAGUGGCUUAUUUAUGAGAAUUGGAGCUGGAUUACUUUGUAUGGGUAGUCUUAUUUUGAAUAUUAUUCAAUUAGCAAAAACAAUUGAAGUAAUACGAACUGGUUCAAAACAAAAUGAAUUACUUUUAAUUAAUUAUUCACAAUCAGUGUUUGUCAUUAAACUAAUUACUUUUAUAUUUCGCUUUCUUUUUCAUUGUGUGCAAUUUAUAUUUUUAUUUCGAUAUGGAAAUAUUGUCAUUGACCGCUAUCAUUUAAUGGCAAGAAUAGGUCUUAUUCAUAUAAUUAUUGCUAACUUUUGUACUUGGUUUGAAGCUAUUGUAAUUGAAACAUUGGAUGAAUUACGUAAACAUUCAAUUAGUAUAAAAUCAAUAAAUAUACCGAUGAUUUUCAAUACUAGAAUUAGUGGAUCUUUCUUCGAUAAUUCACAUAAUACUACAACAAAUGCUCUUGAAUUUAUUGAAAAAAUAGAAUCAAGUAUGAGUGUAUAUCUAUAUCCAUGUUUCAUUGAAUAUAGUCUUAUAUGUGUAACUGUAUUCUAUAUAAUGUGGCGUAAUGUUGGUAAAACAGAACAUCGAUCAUUUUUACAUUUUGGUGAUCGUCAUAUAUUUACAAUAGAUUGUUCUCGUGCAUCUCGUGGUUUACUUCUUGGUGGUAUUAUUUUUAUAUUAACCAUAUUAACACUUAUACCAGUUUAUAUUCUUAAUUCAAUAUUAACAAUUCUAAUAACACAUAUAACUAAACUUGUUUUACUUAUUGUUUCAUUAUUAAUUGUUUGUAUAUCUUUCUUUUAUACAACAAAACUUUACUAUGAUCGACAAGCACAUAUUGAUGUAUUUGAUCAAAUACUAAUAUUAGUAACAACAUUUGGUGAUUUUGCUUAUUCAUUUUUUGGUUUAUUUGCAUCUAUAUUUAUUGAAUCAUAUAGAAUUCAACUUCCAAGAUUUAUUGAAAUAGUUAUAGCUCUAUUAUCUAUUUUACAAACAUUUUUACAAUCUGGUUUUAUUUUGGAUACUCUAAGACGACGAUCAAUUACAAAAAGUGAAAUAAGAAAAAAACCAGGACGAGAACUAAUAACUGCUUUGUUAUUAAUUAAUCUCGUUUAUGAUUUAGCUAUAUGGAUGCAUGAUUCAUUAUCAGCAAAUAAAGUUAAACUUAAUCCAAUACAAACUGAAUAUUAUAAUAGUAGAACAUGGUCAUUAAUUCAAGCAUUUACAUCUCCAUUAUCAAUAUUAUAUCGAUUUCAUUCAAGUGUAUGUCUUGCUGAUAUAUGGCAAGAAGUUUAUUAUGAUCAUAGAAAUUAUCAUGGACAAUAUCAACGAUUUGAAAGACAAAAUGGAUUAGAUCGUUUAACAAAAAUAAACAAUAUUCAUCAUAAUCAAUAUUAA